UUUUUAUGUUUUGCUUACAUUCAUAUUUUAGCUUCCAUACAGACACAUAACAGUGAUUUUAGUCAUUGGUAUUGCAUUACAAAUAGCACAUGUUAUAAACAGAGAUUUUUAUUGUAAUUUAUGUGUGAUGUAACAACAUAGAGUUAUGUGGAAUCAUGUGUAGUGGACGUAGUUACAAUUCGCUGAAGCUUGUAUUAUUUAUUUCAUUGUACCAUGUUCAGGUUCAUGCGACGACGCUGACACACAAACUAAAUGAUGGCCAUGAAAUACCAGUUGUGGCUCUCGGUACCAGUUUGGGGCAUUUAGCUGACGGUACAAGGGUGUUGUCUACGAACCACUCGCUAGCCCGGGCAGUACAAUGGGCCCUGGAAGCCGGGUACCGACAUAUCGAUACAGCGCCACUUUAUCUCGUAGAAGACGACGUAGGUCUUGGUGUUCAUAACUUUGUGAAGGACAACGGAGCCGAUAGAAAGGACGUCUAUAUCACUACUAAGCUUUGGAACGAUGCGCACGAAAGAGCCGAAGUAAUACCAGCACUCAGGAAAUCUCUUGAGGACUUGCAAAUGGACUACGUGGAUUUAUACUUAGUGCAUUAUCCGAUGGCGUACAAGAAAGAUGGCUCUAUUAGUACAACCGACUACUUGGAAACUUGGAAAGGUAUGGAAGAUGCAAAAUUGCUAAAUCUGACAAAGUCAAUAGGGGUGUCAAAUUUUAAUUUAACCCAAAUUCAAAGAUUGUGGAGCAACGCUAGAAUAAAACCAGCUGUUUUACAAACCGAGAUAAAUCCAACGAUAACUGAAAUGGAAUUGAUAGAUUGGUGUAAAGAGCAUGAAGUGGUUGUAAUGGCGUAUAGUCCGUUCGGAGGUAUACUUGGACGUAAAUCAAAUGCACCACCACCUCGCGCCGAUCAUCCAUUGCUACUGCGUUUAGCAGAAAAGUAUAAUAAGACAGUGCCACAGAUAUUGCUUAGAUAUCUGCUGGAUCGAAAUAUAGUGCCGAUACCACGGUCUACAAACCGAGAACGUAUUGCACAAAACAUUGACAUCUUCGACUUUCAACUCACAUCUGAAGAGGUUGCAGAAUUGUCGGCAUUCAACAAGAACUAUCGACUAAGGAAUUUCGUUAACUGGUACGAUCAUCCAGAAUUUCCGUUUGAAAGGAAGAGCCUUGCUCCGGGUGAAACACCUUAUCGAGCUUAGAAUGAUGCUAUUAGCAGAUAAUUGAGACAAACAAUAGAGGAAUAUGUUGUUUAAAGACUUGAACUUAA